AUGUCAGCGGUAUUCAGUGCUGUGUUUUUCACUUCUCCAAUGCGACCAAAUAACCACUGGAUAUCGUCGAGAUCGCUAGUCUUGAUUGGUGCCAAGAAAUCUAUACCACCAGCAAUGAGUCCAGCACCCUUCCGGUGCCUAACCGCUAUGCUAUCAGAAGGAAGCUCAAGGGCUGGGAUACUAUCAGGUUACCCAAGCCUAGGGUAUCCGUACUUGCUUUUAUCGCACCGUAUCAAUAUGUACGGCUGUACACUUUUUAUGUGCAGCAGACAAUCCACCUUCUCCCAUCCACACAUUCGUGCUUUAUGUUCAAACAUGGCAAAUAAGACCCUUCUGGCGAAACUGCGGCGACAAACUGGUUACACGUUUGCAGCGUGCAAGGAGGCACUGUUAAAGCACGAUAAUGAUUUGAACAAGGCAUCAGCUUGGCUCACCGAGGAAGCAGUACGAAGAGGGUGGGACAAAGCUGGAAAGCUAUCUGGACGUACAUUGUCUCAAGGACUUCUUGGGCUCCAGUUUUCACGAACUCAUGCAGUUGUGGUGGAAGUUAACUGUGAGACUGAUUUCGUUGCUCGAAACGAGCAGUUCCAGAAUUUUGUAGCCGUGGCCACAGAGAUGGUAAUGAGAGAAUUUGUUAGUCGUUUUAUCUCGCCUGAUAUUGUGUCGGGUGGCAUGGCAGCUUGGCACCGAAAGGGUGUUAUGGCUGAACAGCAACUGAAUGUGCUGCACCAGGCCGUCUCAUGUUUCAGUCGCUACGAUAUUCGAGGGUAUCCGUACUUGCUUUUAUCGCACCGUAUCAAUAUGUACGGCUGUACACUUUUUAUGUGCAGCAGACAAUCCACCUUCUCCCAUCCACACAUUCGUGCUUUAUGUUCAAACAUGGCAAAUAAGACCCUUCUGGCGAAACUGCGGCGACAAACUGGUUACACGUUUGCAGCGUGCAAGGAGGCACUGUUAAAGCACGAUAAUGAUUUGAACAAGGCAUCAGCUUGGCUCACCGAGGAAGCAGUACGAAGAGGGUGGGACAAAGCUGGAAAGCUAUCUGGACGUACAUUGUCUCAAGGACUUCUUGGGCUCCAGUUUUCACGAACUCAUGCAGUUGUGGUGGAAGUUAACUGUGAGACUGAUUUCGUUGCUCGAAACGAGCAGUUCCAGAAUUUUGUAGCCGUGGCCACAGAGAUGGUAAUGAGAGAAUUUGUUGGGAACAAUGGAAAAUCCAUAUGGAAUUCCGAUGAACUGAUGGCAUUAACAAUUCCCAACUCAGCGGGUACGGUAAGUGACAACAUGGCUGUCGCUAUCGGGGCAAUUGGCGAAAACAUGGCUAUCAGGCGCGCCGUUGGGCUUCGCACGUCGGACAUACCAGACUGUGCCAGUCGUCUUGCCUCCUACAUUCACAUUAGUACUGCUGGUAUUCGUCCGAGUAUUCGAGAUGUAAAGUUCGGGAAAUACGCCGCCGUUGUACGCUAUCGUCCGGCAGGCAAUCAACCGGCAUCCCCAGCUUGGCAAGAACGUGCUUCACGGCUCGGCGAACAGCUUUGUCAGCACAUUGUUGGUAUGAAUCCGCGACCAGGGUUGGAAAUCACCGAACCAGCGGAAGACCCAGAAGAAGAACAAUGCUUGCUCCUACAGCCAUUCUUUCUGGAUGAGAACAUUAGAGUCGGUGAACAUCUGACUCGAAAUGAUAUGAUUCUGGAAGAUUUCAUUCGUGUUGAAUGUGGACAAGAAGACGAACCCCCUGUGAUUUUGCAAAAACCAGAAUCAGCACACACGGGAUAGCCAUUGCGGCCUAUUUAGUCUCUCAUCUCUCCACUUUUUCGUGCCGAAUCUGAAUGUGGCAUGUUCUUUCAGUUGUGUGGCGUCUGAUCAUAUUCCAUCCCCAAAAGCUCGUUGAACUCAGUUUCAUUGCCCUUGAGCUCGUCGUUACAGAAACCACUUUGGGAAACAAGCUUCCGAACGACCCCAACACGUGUAAAUAUAUUGAAUAGUUACGGACCAGCUGUAUUCUCCCUGAAAGCGUUUGUUUGUCCAGCUUUCAUUAACCUAUUGAUCAUUUUACGUUGCGAAUAUGAUGAAUG